CCUCCUCUAUUGCGCAUGUGUUCCGAACAGACUUCCUCUUUCUCCUGCGGCAUCCGGCAGGCCUUGCGCGCAGCCGUAGAGAAGGCAACCCUCAAGUGGGCGGAGGAAGGCAGGGUCCGGGGAGGAGCAGAUACAGAAUUUCUCCUGCAAGUAUCUGGUUCUGCAGAGAUUUAAUAGAAGACUGCACAAGCAACAUCUAGAACCAAAGCUCUCACUAAGCCUGGAGAGUACACGGCACUGACGUAUGGACCACUAUACCCGAAUAUGGGAUACUUUAGAGAUGGAGGAGAGCUCAAUUCAGGACGGGGGUGAAGAGGUAGAGGAAGGAGCUGUUUACCAUGUCACCCUCAAAAGAGUACAGAUUCAACAGGCUGCCAAUAAAGGAGCAAGAUGGCUAGGGGUUGAAGGGGACCAGUUGCCUCCAGGACAUACUGUCAGCCAGUAUGAAACAUGUAAGAUCAGAACAAUAAAAGCUGGCACUCUGGAGAAACUUGUGGAGAACCUGCUGACAGCUUUUGGGGACAAUGACUUUACCUACAUCAGCAUCUUUCUGUCAACAUAUAGGGGCUUUGCCUCUACUAAAGAAGUACUGGAACGUCUCCUCGACAGGUAUGGAAACCUGGAGACCUCAAACUGUGAAGAAGAUGGGAGCCAGAAUUCCUCAGAGUCCAAAACAGUGCUCAGGAAUGCAAUAGCCUCAAUCUUGAGAGCCUGGCUUGACCAAUGCUCUGAAGACUUCCGAGAGCCACCCAAUUACCCUUGUUUGCAGAAAUUGCUGGAUUACCUUAAACGGAUCAUGCCAGGCUCUGACCCGGAGAGAAGGGCACAAAACCUCUUGGAGCAGCUUCAGAAGCAAGAAGUGAAAAAUGAGAAUGGGUUCCAUAGCACCUUCACUUUCAGCUUUGAUGAGGAAGAGGAAAUGGAAACUGGAGGACCAGAAGAGUUCUCUUUUUUCCCAGAAGACCUUGUGGCAGAGCAAUUAACAUACAUGGAUGCAAAGCUCUUUAAGAAAGUGGUGCCCCACCACUGCUUGGGGUGCAUCUGGUCUCGGAGGGAUAAGAAAGAAAACAAACACUUGGCGCCCACCAUCAGAGCCACCAUCUCUCAGUUCAACGCAGUUACCAAAUGUGUCGUCAGCACCAUCCUGAAGGGCAAGGACCUCAAAACACAGCAGAGGGCCAAGAUAAUUGAGAAAUGGAUUCAUAUUGCACAUGAAUGUAGGAUCCUGAAGAAUUUUUCCUCUUUGAGGGCCAUUGUUUCAGCACUACAGUCCAACUCCAUCUACCGGUUAAAGAAGACUUGGGCAUCUGUUCCAAAAGACAGAAUGCUGAUGUUUGAAGAGCUGUCCGAUAUCUUCUCAGACCAUGACAAUUAUCUGACAAGUAGAGAGCUGCUAAUGAAGGAAGGAACAUCCAAAUUUGCAAAUCUGGAUAGUAGUGUGAAAGAGAACCAGAAAAGGACCCAGAGGCGGCUUCAGCUCCAAAAAGAUAUGGGAGUCAUGCAGGGUACGGUCCCCUACCUUGGCACCUUUCUUACAGACCUGACCAUGCUUGACACAGCGCUGCAGGACUAUAUAGAGGGUGGGCUGAUAAACUUUGAGAAGAGGAGACGGGAGUUUGAAGUAAUUGCCCAAAUUAAGCUCUUGCAAUCUUCCUGUAAUAGCUAUUGCAUGACGCCAGACCAAAAAUUCAUCCGAUGGUUCAGGAGACAGCGGCUGUUAACAGAGGAGGAGAGUUAUGGCCUCUCAUGUGAGAUAGAAGCAGCUGCUGACACUAACACCACAUCACCGAAACCUCGGAAGAGUAUGGUGAAGAGACUCAGCUUACUGUUUCUGGGAGCAGAUGUGAUCACCAAUAGUACGCCCACCAAAGAGCAGCCCAAAUCUACUCCAAGUGGGAGCUCUGGUGAAAGCAUGGAUUCUGUCAGUGUAUCAUCGUGUGAGUCGAACCAUUUUGAGAGUGAAGAAGUCUGCAUCACCCCCAUAGACACUCCUGAUGAGCCUCAGAAAAAGCUCUCUGAAUCCUCCUCCUCUUGUUUCUCCAUCCAUUCCAUGGACACGUCUUCCUCAGGGGUGUCAUCUUUAACCAACACUAUCUCACCCCCUCCUUCCUUAACCUCCAAUCCCAAGAUCCACAAACGCUCCAUCUCCGUCACAUCCAUUACCUCAGCAGUAUUGCCUCCUGUUUACAACCAGCAGAACGAAGACAUGUGCAUCAUCCGGAUCAGCAUAGAAGACAACAAUGGCAACAUGUACAAGAGUAUCAUGUUGACUAGCCAAGACAAGACUCCAGCUGUCAUUCAGAGAGCUAUGUCAAAACACAACCUGGAGGCUGACCCAGUCGAGGAUUAUGAACUUGUUCAGGUCAUUGCUGAGGACAAAGAGUUAGUCAUCCCCGACAGUGCUAAUGUAUUUUAUGCCAUGAACAGCCAGGUGAACUUUGACUUCAUCCUACGGAAAAAAACCUCCCUUGAUGGGCAAGUGAAGAUGCGGAGCCGAUCUAGUUUGACACUUCCCAGAACUGCCAAAAGUGGGUGCUGGACUAACAGACACAGCAAAAUCACACUUUGAAGAGAAUGAGCUAACACAAAGGAGAUUUGGUUUAGAAAAAAGAAAAGACCUUUGAUACCAUCCAGUAUUACAAAGUCAUGGAAGAUGAAGGUGUCAGUGUUUGACUUUGGAAAGAUUUGAGACUGGAAUACAAAGUGUGCAUUCACUAUAGAUACAUAAAGAUGAACAUCGAGAGAGAGAGAGAGACUUAUGGGACAGUCACUAUGGAAAUAUAUUUUGCACAUUGGCCUAGGAAGGUGAGGUCACAUAUACAGGGAAAAAUGGAAUUGCCAACCAAUCUUGUCUUAAGAAUUCCACAUAAGCUAAAUCUCCUCCUUGGAAAACAGAUUCUCCUUUGUGCCAGUAUUACCUAGAACAAGAACUUUAAAUUUAUUUGUAUACAUUGGAGAAGAAAACUGUUGCAAUUAAAUUCCAACUGAAUCAAGCAGGAGGAUCUGAGCAGCCAUCAGCUGAAUGAUAACACCGAUUUCCAAAGGGUGUGGAUGCGUUGAUGGCUGCUAGUUCCACACCCUGUCUGACAAGUGUUGCCUCCAGGAGGCUUUCACAUCUGUGAAGAAGAAAGGAGGGUUGAGCCCCUCCCAAAACACUAGUCUAGAGACUCAAGGAAGAAUGCAAUUGUGUGCAUGUAGGUUGGUUUCACGGAACUGACAAACAUUUUUUGCAGUUGUUCAAAGUCAGAAAAUACAUUUUGAGAGUUUUCCAAAGAACAUUAAGAAAAUGGGUCAGGGUUGCUUUUGGAUGAAUGUCAUGUUUUGUUAAUGAGCAAGGCAAGUAAACUCAACCAACGGUUACUUCUCUGGACCUUGUUCACAUCUUAAUGCCACUAUAGUGUGUUCUUCCUUAGGCUUACCUAAUCUGUUUAACAGGAAUCAAGGCCUUUUGCAUGUACAGUUGCAAGUUCUCCAAAUUCACUGAUGUACCUCGUUGUAAUGUGCAAUCCCUCUUCAGGUGCAGAACUCUACAUUAAUCCACAUUGAUUCAGUAAGAGGCAACUAUAUUAUUUUGUGUUUUAAAAGUGGCAUAAAACAGACGUGUUUAUUAUUCAGUGCCCAAAAUUACCACAGAUCUUAUAAACUUGUAGCAUUAUUAUACAUAAUCUUCAACCACCACCCUCUCUUAUAUGCUUCUAUUAACUGAAUAGUUUCCUGACAUGGUACAUCCUUCCAGAUGGAAUAAAGAAUUUAACCUUCUUUAAAGGCUCCCAUAGCUGCUAUUCUCUGUGAAACUUUAAAUGACACAUUUGUUAACUCGAAGAUACAAGUCUUCCUUCAGAACACAUGCAUAAUUAAAAGGUCACAUAAAAGAUUUUAAUUCAAAGCCAUAAAUGACACAUUGGAUUGUAAGCAACACUCACAGAACAGAUUAUCUUUUCAGAAUACUAGAGUUGGUUAAAAUAAACUCAGAUCUUGAAUUUUAUACAAGUCUGGAGCAUGUUUUACCAGUUCUGUAGCACUGGUUGUCAAAGCUGGGCCUAGAGUCCAUUACCAAAUACCCAUGAUGUACCAAUAAAUGUCUUAAAUGGUGUUAGGUCUUUACUAUGUAAAGAAUUAUUCCCAUUUAAAAGGCAGCUCAUUAUGUAUAGUUAGGGUAUCUUAAAUCCAAGUUGUAUAUUUUGGGAAUGAAUAGAUCCAGUUUUGAACUGAGCCUUAGAUGUGUCUAGUGUUGGGUCAGGUUUACAACAGAACUAAAGUUCAGUUUCCUUUGUAGUUCAGUAAAGGCAAUGCAUGAAUGUGUUGGUGAGUUUUACAGUGUAUCUAUACAGUAUGGCAUAUAAACCAUAGCCCCUCACUCACAAUAUAUAUAGAACUACAGAAUCUGGAUUUUAUAUUGCCAAGAUUAUGUUGUUGAACAUGUCUUUUCCUUUCUUACAGAGAAAGAAAUUGCAGUUGGAUAAAACUGGUUUCAUGUAUUUAAGAUGCUAAGUUUUAAAAGUAAUUUCUCAUGAACAAAAUGUUUUUGUAAUUCUCCUUCUGCUGAUUCUUCAUCAAACCUCUGGUUCUAGCUGCCAUUAAUAUUUCACUGAAAUCAGACCAUUAGGCGUUAGCUUGUGUGUGUUACUUAGCUGGCUCUGGAAUGUUCAACAGCUUUUAAGGAUCUCGAUCAGACAUCCAUAGCACAGUGGAAAAACAAAUCAUUUGAUAGAGAACAAUCUAAAAAUGCUCUUUGGACAAUUCAAGUGCUGAAUGACAUCAGCGCGUAUAUUCGGUACUCAAGAGGUGCUUGGAAAAUUCUUGUUGAAAAUUUUGACAAAAAUGGGUAAAAAAAAUAUAUUCAUGAUUUAUUUCUCCUUCUCUUUUCCCACCCAGCACGAUAGCUGUUUGGAAAAUAGGCACAGAAAAUAAGUAUUCUCCCUUGAGCUACUGGGUUGUUCCUUGCUAGAGACAAGGAACCUUGCAGGAGCCUUAGGGAAGCCGAGACCCAGCUACUUCCAAAGCUCUUUCAUAGAAUCACAGAACUGAAAGGAACCUUAAUAGGUUAUCUAGUCCAGUCCCAUGGCAGA